AGGGUCGCCAUACGCUCCUUAAACCGCGUCCGCCCCUCCUCUGCUCUGCUCCUCGACUGCCCUGCUAGCCCCGAUGCCGCCCCCUCGCCCCCUCCUGCUGGCGCUGACGGUCGCAUUCGGCGCAGCGGCCUCCGUCCCGAGCGCCGCCCCCGCCACGAGCGACGUCCCCGGCUACUUCCUCAACAUGCUCAUGUGGAGCGGCGACGAGUCCGAGCGGUACCACAGGAGUCCCCUCGUGCCCGCCGCCCUGACCGCCGCCUCCUCGUCCCUCGCAGCGGCCGCCUGCCCGGCGCCCUUCCUCCCGGUGAUGUCUCAGUGCUUCUGGUCGAGUGCCCAGUACAAGCUCUCCUGGGACGACGCCCGCGACUUCUGCCAGCAGAUGGGCGGCGACCUGGCCGAGCCCCUGCACCUCAACGCCCUCAUGGUCCACCUCCAGGACCGCUACCCGUCCGCCAAGGUGUUCCACUUGGGGGCGACGGACCUCGAGCAGGAGGGGAACUGGACCUACAUCUCGGGCCGCCCCGUCGACCCGAGGGGCUGGAUGCCCGGCGAGCCCAACGACACCGCCCACGCCCAGAACUGCCUCAACCUCUGCUUCCAGGGCUGCAGGGCGUCCUACCCGCCCCUCAACGACCAGCAGUGCCACGCCAAGUUUCACUUCGUGUGCGAGUUCUCCGUCGCUCGAGAAUAAGGAAGACCCGCGUCCUGUCAGCUGAACACCGCUGCGCCGAAAGCCAGAGAGACGCGAAGAAAAAAAAAAAGUAAUAUUGGAAGGAUUGCGAACAUGUGUAUAACCGCAAAUACUUGUUCCGAUGAAUAUUCUGAACAGCCACUUGUUUGUAUGAAUAUUUCGAACGAUUUUAUUUUCUGGUUGAUGUGAUUAAUACCCUCAAGGAGAUUUUUUGAGAAUU